GGUAUGUGGAACGCAUGGUGGUUCUUGGGGUGGUGAAAAGUUGGUUGCCGCAACUAUCGAGGAAUUGUGCUUCUCUGUGUGAUCUACUUGCUGUGUAUGUCCAGUCACAUUUGGUUUGACUUGGCUUGCAACUACAUUGUGACUUUGAUUGAUGCUAUCGAAGGCGCGUGUGAACGAUCCCGGAGUCAAGUAGCUGGGAUAAGUGAGCUCGAGGUACUGGUGUUACUGGUGUUACUUGGGUAUUCGUCCAUUCCGUCUAUCUGUCUACCUCGGAAGUACGGAGUUGCAUCGGGCAUUACGACUUUGAAGAGCUACCACGGUGACGGUUGUGGUGCUUCGGCUGUCCGUAUUGUUGCAGCGAACGCCAGUCCGGGAUUGCCGGAGAGGGUUGGACAUCGUGGCCAGAGACCGGUGGUGCGUUCUCCGAUGAUAUGGCGGGCCAUGGGGAUGGUUGAUACUAUGGCGGCAGCGACCGUAAUUGUGGCGGUAAUGGACGUGACUAUGGAGGAUACCGAGUUUACGGUGGAGGACAUCGUGGUUAUGAGAGUGACCGGGGUGAUGGAGGUGACAGGGGCUAUGAUGGCGACCGAAGGACGAGAGUGUCCUUUUCCAAGACAUAACGCGCAACCCUCGAUGUCGACAAGUCGGGGUGAUGGGAGUCCUACGCGUACUAGUGGGAACAGGCGUCAGACUGUAGAACCAUUGGUGUCGAAAGUAGCCGAGAUCGGCAAGAGUGUUGCAGCGGUUUGUCAAUACGUGGAGUUGGAGCAACGGAAAAGGGCGGCGAAAGAGCGCAGGAAGGCGGAGCGGAAAGAAGUGGAGGAACGAGCUGAGGCUGAACGAGCAGCAGCGACACUGAGCAAGAAAAAGAAGGAAGAACAAGCACGUAAGGACGCGGAAGCUAAGGAAGAGCUGCACAAAAGUUUGGACGGCUGUGCGGUAGGAGAAUUGCGUGAAGAUGUGCGGGAGGACGUUCCGCAAGAGAUCCGCAAAGCAAUCAAUGAGUUAUGCAUGGCUGUCGCUCGCGGGAAGCAGAAGUGGAUCCCGUUGAGCCUGCGGAGGGGAGCAGCGAUAGUAAAGCGCAAACGUGGAGCGGAGGUGGAUAUCGAAGGCAGUCCUCCGAUGAAAUUGCCCCCCAAGCGCACACCAAGGCGUGCGGCACGAGGUAUCGGUGGAUCAGGAAGGCUGACAAGAUCGAGGGCGCGCACACAGAAGGCCGCCACGCCGAAGAAGACGCCACCGUCAAUACGUAAGAAGACCCCGGCGACCAUUGGGGUAGUCGGGAGAUUGAGAUUCGAGAAGCGGGUUCUUAACGACCUGAAGAAUCUUGACGCUCUCGUUCUGCAGAACAUAUGUAAGGAUAAUGGUAUUCCUUACAAUGGAAAGAUUGAAGCGAUUUUUGACAUCGCUGCGCACCGUACACACGUUGCGUAUGAGACUGAUAAUGACGAAGAGGUUAUUGCUCCACCUGUGGUGAGUGCAGAUGCAAGUGCCGAUGAGGAUCGUGAGGAGGAGGAAGGGUGAUGCGCCCUCAGUAUUGCCGACUUGUGGUGCAUUGUUCAAUGCUUGACGAAGUUACGUACUCUGAUUGAUGGCGUGGAUGCUCGUGUUGAGGAGUUGUUAAGACUUGCGGUUGUGAACUUGUCUCUGUAUGGGGUCAUACGUUGGACUCGUAAAUGUAUUGAUUCG